UAUAACUAUUAUAAAGUGGUGUUUGAUUAAUAUUUCAGUUAGUUUUGUUUAAUGAUAUUCGAAAUAAUAAUAAUUGGAUUUCGCGACCAGCGUUUUCUGAAAACGGAAAUUAUGGCACGAAACAAGAAAGGUCAAUUUUCGAAGAGAAAACCAAUAAAUCGACGCAAGAAAUUGUUGAAUAAUGAUCACUCGUAUUGUGGAAACGAUGUAACAACCACUCGCGUUGAAAAUAAUGGAUUAGAUGAAUCGUGGAAAGUGGGAAGAAGAUUGGUAGAGUGGGAAGUGCUUGCAUUAGAUGUCAGGUUGUGGAAGCAAUGAUCGAUAGUCUGGGUAGACCAGGACGUGUUAAUAACAUGUUAGCUAACUAAAUCUAAAGACGGUGUCAGAUGCAAACUUGAAAAAGAUGGAGGUUCGGGCAGGAGAUGUUGUGGAAAAAGUUUCCGCUGAGUCAUCACGAGCCGUAGCUGAGGAGGCAUUCAAGAAUGAAAUGGAGACCAAUGCGCAUGCAGUGUCUCAAGAUGCACAAGUUGGUAUGAGCGGUUUGAUAGAAGACUUGGGCGUUUGUCCACUACCAGAUUUAUCUCCUGUAUCACAGCUUCAUGAUGAUGGACUAGAAUGGACUGAUACUGAGAGUGAUGAUGAGAAUAGCUGUAUUGAACAUGUUGAACAGAAUGUUCCAGAGACUGCCUGUUUACCAGAUAACAGUUGCAGCACUCAAUUGGACUCCAGAAUGCCAUUGCCUCCCCCAGUUCACACUCCCAGAUUACAUAGAAUGUUACCCAAGCAAGUCAGAAAAGCUAAAGUCAGACUAGAUCUACUACCUAAAUACCCAUGCCGCACAAGAAGUGGUAUGUCGGUUGCUGUGGACACAGCCUGGCAUAAACGAGGUUUUGACUCUCUAACCUCUUAUACUUUUUUCCUGACCACUGGGAAGUCUACAAAACAGAAGAAAGUUGUUGGUCACCGAAUUUGUGGUGUUUGUAGCUGGUGGAGAAGAAAAAGACCGGGCCAAAAAGUACGUCCCCAUAGAUGUGUACGUAACCACACAGAUAGUGCUAGAGCUAUGGAAGCCAAAAGUGGUGUGAAGGGAGUACAUGAAUUGUUGGAAGAGGGCACCACAGUGGAGUAUUUGGAGGGUGAUGGAGACAAUACACUUAUUUCAAAAAUAAAAACUAACCUUGGAAUAAGUAUGAAGAAAAGAUUUGAUAAAAAUCAUGUGGUUAAAAACUUUACCAAAAGUCUAUAUUGCUUAAAAAAUGACAAAGGUAUCAAGUUGAGCAAAAGUGCUAUCACCCACCUUGAAAAGUGUUUAAAAUACACAUUUGCCAAAAACCAAGGAGAUAAAAGUGGAAUGGAAAACAAUGUGAAAGCCAUUGUUCCACAUUAGUUUGGAGACCAUAGUCUUUGUAUGCCUAGGUAUUGUGGAUAUAAAAGAAAACCCGGAGAAAAAUAUCUUCAUCGUAGCCUGCCCUGUAAGACAGCUCUACAGGAUGAAACCCUCAGACAACGACUACAACAGAUAUUUGAUCCGCUGAUACAUAAUGCCCAUCAGUAUAUAGAUCUUGGUUCAAGCCAACAGUGUGAACACGCCAACAAGGAAGUGACAUUGAGAGCUCCUAAGAGUCACCAUUAUGGCAACACCAGCAGUCUUGACUAUCGAGUCCAUGCCACAGCAGCAUUCGUAAAUGAAGGAAGGCACUAUAACUAAGGUAUAAAACAGUUAAUGUUCUGAAUUUGUUAUUGUUCUUUACUUGGUAUUUAAGGAUUUUCCAGGGAAAAAUGAGUGGUGAUGAGCGAAAUCACUUUUUUUCUUUGUGGUACCACCACAAUAAGUUUAACUAAUUCCGGUCUCUCCACUC